ACGUAAAAGCUAAAACCCCCAUACCCGAAGAAAACCCAGCAGGAACUUCGGAUCCGAUAUGGUGGGUUCGGUGUCCGAUGGGGAUUUGCAAUGCGCCUCCCACAUUUCAUGAGCGAUGAACAUGACGUUCCAGAAUUUCGUCAACAAGACACGACUGACACAAGGGAUGAUUAACUUCUGCGUGAUCGUGUACAUGGACGAUAUCAUGGUCUAUUCGAAAACCUAUCACGGGCACGCGCAACACAUCGAAUGGACAUUGGGCGCGUUAAGAGACGCCGGGUUCAAGAUUGCGCUCGAGAAGAGCAAAUUUUUCCUCUCGGAAAUUUCGUUCCUGAGCUACGUCGUGACUCGUGAAGGACUACGACCGGACUCAAGAAAGGUUGCGGUAGUGAAAGAAGCCCUGACUCCCACGUCGCUGACGCAGGUUCGGGCCUUCUUGGGGUUAGCGUCGUACUACCGACGCUUCAUCAAGGGCUUUGCCGCGAUUGCACGGCCAUUAACGAAUCUGCUACGAAAGGACCAGCCUCUCAGCUGGGACGCGGAAUGCCAGCAGGCCUUCGCGACCCUCAAAGACGCCUUGGCGACGGCUCCUAUUUUGAUCCGACUGGACCCCUCCCAGCAGUUUAUCCUCAUUACGGACUGGCAACCGGAAGCCAUUUCCGCUAUUUUAGCGCAGAAGGGCAACGAUGGUCGUGAACACGUCAUCGAGUACACGUCGCGCACAGUGCCAGACGAACGCCGAAAUGACUCAGCACCUCAAGGCGAGUGCUAUGCGGUAGUUUGGGGAAUUCAACACUUCCAUCCAUAUCUCUACGGACAGAAGUUUCGCCUCGCGACGGAUCACGAGCCUCUGCUAGCUUUGAAGAAGCUCACCAAUUACACGGGCAUGAUUGGCCGAUGGGCGGUACGACUACAGGAGUACGAUUUCGAUAUCGUCCAUCGAAAGACGGAGCGACACGGCAACGCGGACGGCUUGACACGUCUGCAUCGACCUGCCAAGAGGGAGCCGCAGAACGCAUCCCCCCCGUCGCAGCAACAGUAUUUGGAUCCCCGGACGGCUCGCGAUCCUGCCUUCUUCGGGUAUCCUACAGCGGAGCAGUUUGCUGCCAUUCGAGAAGAAGAGGAGGAGGAAGAGAGCACUGGGAGUGACGAAGGAGAAAACGCACAGGAAGAAAGAGGGGAUAGCGACGAAGUGCUCGGUAAAGAGGACGAAACCCCCGAAGAAGGAAGCUAUAGCGAGCAUAGCGAGGGGGAACAGAGCGAAGAAGAAGAAGACGAGGAAGAAGAAGAGGAGCACGAAGAUGAGCCUGCUGGAUCGCAGUGGGAAGCCGUGCCGGAAGAAGCACUGCGUACGGGCACAAAGGCUGAAGAUCCCGAGGCGGCCCGCAAAAGAGAAGAGAUCGCGGCCGGGAAGAAGGAGUUAGAACUCGCGAGCGUGGCGAGUCUGCAGAUCCACGACGACCCGAACCGAGAUUCGGAGCCGCCCCGACCUGAAGAUGGCGACCUUGCGGCCACGACUCCGACCCCAUCAGCACGGCGACGGAGCUGGUCCCCCUCCUCCCCAACCCGUCCCCCAGUUCGCCGACGUACCGAUACGGGCGAUCGGCCUUCGUCCCCGAUCGCUCUCUCGCCGUCCCCUUGACUACCUCACCCUCUGCUAGCUCACUACCCCCAUCACGUUCCCCUCCAACCCGUUC